AUGACCAAUACGAUUACAAUAUCAGCACUGACCAAUACGAUUACAAGAACAGCAAUAACCAAUACGAUUACAAGAACACCAAUGCCCAAUACGAUUACAAGAACAGCAAUGAACACUACGAUUACAAGAACAGCAAUGACCAAUACGAUUACAAGAACAGCAAUAACCAAUACGAUUACAAGAACAGCAAUGACCAAUACGAUUACAAUAACAGCAAUAACCAAUACGAUUACAAGAAUAGCAAUGACCAAUACGAUUACAAGAACAGCAAUGACCAAUACGAUUACAAGAACAGCAAUGACCAAUACGAUUACAAGAACAGCAAUGACCAAUACGAUUACAAUAACAGCAAUAACCAAUACGAUUACAAGAAUAGCAAUGACCAAUACGAUUACAAGAACAGCAAUGACCAAUACGAUUACAAGAACAGCAAUGACCAAUACGAUUACAAGAACAGCAAUGACCAAUACGAUUACAAGAACAGCAAUGACCAAUACGAUUACAAGAACAGCAAUAACCAAUACGAUUACAAGAACAGCAAUAACCAAUACGAUUACAAGAACAGCAAUAACCAAUACGAUUACAAGAAUAGCAAUGACCAAUACGAUUACAAGAACAGCAAUGACCAAUACGAUUACAAGAACAGCAAUGACCAAUACGAUUACAAGAACAGCAAUGACUAAUACGAUUACAAGAACAGCAAUGACCGAUACGAUUACAAGAACAGCAAUGACCAAUACGAUGAAAAGAACAACAAUGACCAAUACGAUUACAAGAACAGCAAUGACUAAUACGAUUACAAGAACAACAAUGACUAAUACGAUUACAAGAACAGCAAUGACCAAUACGAUUACAAGAACAGCAAUAACCAAUACGAUUACAAGAACAGCAAUGACUAAUACGAUUACAAGAACAGCAAUGACCAAUACGAUUACAAGAACAGAAAUAACCAAUAUGAUUACAAGAACAACAAUGACUAAUACGAUUACAAGAACAGCAAUGACUAAUACGAUUACAAGAACAGCAAUGACCAAUACGAUUACAAGAACAACAAUUCCCGAUACGAUUACAAGAACAGCAAUGACCAAUACGAUUACAAGAACAGCAAUGACCAAAACGAUUUCAAGAACACCAAUGUCCAAUACGAUUACAAGAACAGAAAUAACCAAUAUGAUUACAAGAACAACAAUGACCAAAACGAUUACAAGAACAACAAUGACCAAUACGAUUACAAGAACAACAAUGAGCAAUACGAUUACAAGAACAGCAAUGCCCAAUACGAUUACAAGAACAGCAAUGACCAAUACGAUUACAAGAACAGGAAUGACCAAAACGAUUACAAGAUCACCAAUUACCAAUACGAUUACAAGAACUUCAAUGACCAAUACGAUUACAAGAACAGCAAUGACCAAUACGAUAACAAGAACAGCAAUGACCAAUACGAUUACAAGAACAGCAAUGACUAAUACGAUUACAAGAACAGCAAUAACCAAUACGAUUACAAGAACAGCAAUGACCGAUACGAGUACAAGAACAGCAAUGACCGAUACGAUUACAAGAACAGCAAUAACCAAUACGAUUAAAAACAGCAAGGCCCAAUACGAUUACAAGAACAGCAAUAACCAAUACGAUUACAAGAACAACAAUGACCAAUACGAUUACAAUAUCAGCAAUGACCAAUACGAUUACAAGAACAGCAAUAACCAAUACGAUUACAAGAACACCAAUGCCCAAUACGAUUACAAGAACAGCAAUGAACACUACGAUUACAAGAACAGCAAUGACCAAUACGAUUACAAGAACAGCAAUAACCAAUACGAUUACAAGAACAGCAAUGACCAAUACGAUUACAAUAACAGCAAUGACCAAUACGAUUACAAGAAUAGCAAUGACCAAUACGAUUACAAGAACAGCAAUGACCAAUACGAUUACAAGAACAGCAAUGACCAAUACGAUUACAAGAACAGCAAUGACCAAUACGAUUACAAGAACAGCAAUGACCAAUACGAUUACAAGAACAGCAAUGACCAAUACGAUUACAAGAACAGCAAUAACCAAUACGAUUACAAGAACAGCAAUAACCAAUACGAUUACAAGAACAGCAAUAACCAAUACGAUUACAAGAAUAGCAAUGACCAAUACGAUUACAAGAACAGCAAUGACCAAUACGAUUACAAGAACAGCAAUGACCAAUACGAUUACAAGAACAACAAUGACCAAUACGAUUACAAGAACAACAAUGAGCAAUACGAUUUCAAGAACAGCAAUGCCCAAUACGAUUACAAGAACAGCAAUGACCAAUACGAUUACAAGAACAGGAAUGACCAAAACGAUUACAAGAACACCAAUGACCAAUACGAUUACAAGAACAGGAAUGACCAAAACGAUUACAAGAACAGCAAUGACUAA